AUGAAAUUCCUAGUUGUGUUAGCUGUGCUGGUGGCCGCGGCCUCUGCCACCAUAAGCAUCGAUCGCGACCAGCGAAUUAUCGGCGGUAAUCUCGCUACCUCCGGACAGUUCCCUUAUGCCGUUGGGCUUAUUACUAGGAUAAACAUCCUCCUCUCCGGUCAGUGCUCGGGAUCACUGCUGUCGACGCGUUACAUCCUUACCUCGGCUGCAUGUGUUAACAACAUUCAGAGCGCUGUAGCUGUUAUGGGUGGUCUUCGCAUCAACGAUGCUACAGAGCCUGGAACGAUCCGCAUGACUGUUACGGAAUUCAUCGUGCACAGUGGCUAUGAGGAGGAUGCAGAAAACUUCGAUGUUGCUCUGGUCGUAUUGCCGCAGGCAAUCAGCUUCUCGGAUAACAUUCAACCCGUCCGUCUACCGAACCGUCGCCAGAUCGAGGGUACUUUCGUCGGACAACAGGGUACCUUUAUCGGCUGGGGACGUUUCGGCGAGGGAACGGCCAACUCGCCCGAUCUUCGCUUCGGCAGAUCUCAGGUCAUCACUAAUCUGGCUUGCAUCAUCAGUUUGCCAACGAACACCAUUCUCGGUGAGCAUGUUUGCACGUCCGGCCUGGAUGAUGCAGCUGGUCAAGGCUCUCCCUGCCAGGGUGAUUCCGGUGCACCACUGACCGUUAUGGGUGCCGAUGGUAUCACCACGCAAAUCGGUGUCUUCUCGUUCCAUUCCAUCCUGGGCUGCGACAGUGGGCGUGCCGCCGUAUUCACUCGCAUGUCCUCCUACCUGGACUGGAUUGAGCAGAACUCGGACGUUGAAGUCCGGGAUGACUUCUAA